AUGGUUAUCAUCAUCUGGUUCUGCCUCAUUCUGGUAGAGCUCGACACGGUCUUCGGCUUCAUGAACGCCAUUCUGCGCCUUCCGCGCACGGGCGUCACCAAGGUGGAGUUCACCGAGUUCGGUCGGAGAGCCUUUGUGAGCAUCAGCUACAAGCGGCUGAUCGCCGUCUGCUUCAUGUCCUCCAUCCGCGCCUUCAUCGCCAUGAACCUUGGCGCCUCUGCGGGCUUGUGGUUGGCGAGGACGCGGGACGUCCAUGACAUCCUCAGGGAUGGGGUUUCGCUCAUCUUCAUCCUUGAGAUAGAUGACUGA